CCAACUUUUUCGUGUACAAAAAUCAGUAUUUGUGCCAUCGCUGCUGAAGAGUCUCUUUGUCUAUCACCAUCAUCACAUCUAGCCGCUGCUUCACGCACUGACCGCCCGAUAUAGCUAUAGACCCUCAAGGUCAUAACAUUGUUCAUCUCCACAUUGGUCGCGAGUCAAGAGUGCGGAAAAAAAACCGGAAAAUGCCGAAACACCUAAACCUUCUGUUGAUCUUUCUAGUGCUAUUGGGAACCGUUAGUGCCAGUGAAUUGAUCGAGCUUAGCUGCGAGGAUGAUAAAGAUUGUGAAAUGUUCAAGAGCAGUGCCGUUAGGAGCACGUGCUCCGAAGGAAUAUGCCACUGCGAGUUGAUGGACGGGGGCAAUCAAACCGAUUGUAAGCCGGUGAUUGUCAAGGCAUCCAAUCAAAUAGGGGGACAAUGCCCUUGCCUUGCGGAGAACUCUUUCUGUAACGAGAAGACUCAAAUGUGCAUCUGCAAGGAGGGCUUCAUACCGAGCAGAGAGGGAAAGAAAUGUAUGAGUAAGUCCAUUGCACUGGGUAAUGCCUGCGAGAUCGAUGAGCAGUGCAUUAUUAAUGAUCACUUCUCGCACUGCGACGACGUUCACAGCAAUUGUACCUGUUCCAAUCACUUUGUUAUCUACCAGAACACGUGCCAUUCCAUCAUAGCUUCCGGUGAGCUUCCCUGCCAGCAGGAUUCGGACUGCGCCAACCGCACCGCAAACUCCAUCUGCCAUGAGAAACAGUGCAUCUGUGGAGGAGGAUUCGUUGCGAAUGCCGAGAACACUACCUGCCUUCCGGUGGUUCACUAUGAACAGGACUGUAGCGACUCGAAUCAAUGCAUCGCCCAACUUGGCAUCGGUUCCCUGUGUAGCGAGGGUCAGUGCGUUUGCAAUGAACAGUACUUCCCGUUCCCGAUGCACGCUCACAACAAUACCAACGAGGAACACAAGGUCCAUGUGCUGUGCAAGAGGAAAGUCACACACGGUGCAAGCUGUAACGAUGACAAGGAGUGCUACCAAUUCCACCGUGGACCUCACGAGCAGACGAUGGAGUGUUUCAUGAAUGAGUGCGUCUGCUCACAUGGAUUCUUCGAGAAGGGAGGCAUCUGUAUAAGUUUGAACGGCUCCCCAACGAUCCACGCGUCAUCGCUGAUGUCAAUCCUUCUACUGGCCGCAGCUUUCUAUUUUAAGCAAUUAUUUACCUGUUGAACAGGCCGCCCCCUCAUGUUGUACAGUCUAUUGUUAACUUGUUGAUUUUCGUAAAUACAAUUCACAAUU